CGGAACGGAACGGAGAGUAUUGAAUUCUUGCAGAUUUCAUGCUCCAUCCUUUUUUUUUUUGGAAGAUUGCUCCAUCCUUCUUGCUUGGAAAGAAAAUUUAUAGCACGAGACGGCACGGCCGGGAACGGAACGGAGUUACGUCACGUCUCUUCCUCCAUCCGACCAUCCCGGCAUCCCCCCAACCCGCACACCACAGGCCAGAGGCCAUUCCGCUCGCUUGCUUCCCUUCUCAUCACACUCAUCCUCGAUUCGUCACCGAUGGGCGCGGCGGCGGCGGCGGCGGCGGCGGGCGCUGCCAAGUGGAUCCAGCGGCUGGGCGCGGCCGGGAUCUCGACGGAGGCACUGGAGCGCGGGCAGAGCCGCGUCAUCGACGCCUCCCUCACCCUCAUCCGCGAGCGCGCCAGGCUCAAGGGAGAGUUGCUGCGUUCUAUGGGUGAUGUGAAAGCUUCCGCGUCCCUCUUAGGAGUACCCCUUGGGCACAACUCCUCGUUCCUGCAGGGUCCUGCAUUUGCUCCGCCCCGCAUAAGGGAAGCGAUUUGGUGCGGAAGCACCAACUCUAGCACGGAAGAAGGCAAAGAAUUAGAUGAUCCAAGAGUGCUAACUGAUGUUGGUGAUGUCCCCAUACAAGAGAUUCGUGACUGUGGUGUUGGAGAUGACAGAUUGAUGCAUGUAAUCAGCGAGUCUGUCAAAACAGUGAUGGAGGAAGAUCCUCUUCGGCCAUUGGUAUUAGGAGGCGAUCACUCAAUAUCUUAUCCAGUUGUUAGGGCCGUGUCUGAAAUGCUUGGUGGACCUGUUGACAUUCUUCAUCUUGACGCACAUCCAGAUAUCUAUGAUUGUUUUGAAGACAACCCUUACUCACAUGCUUCUUCAUUUGCAAGAAUAAUGGAAGGAGGUCAUGCUAGGAGACUUCUGCAGGUUGGACUUAGAUCAAUUACCAAAGAGGGACGCGAACAAGGAAAAAGAUUUGGUGUAGAACAGUAUGAGAUGCGUACCUUCUCCAGAGAUCGGGAGAAGCUUGAGAAUCUGAAACUUGGGGAAGGUGUAAAGGGAGUGUAUAUCUCUGUCGAUGUGGACUGCCUCGACCCAGCAUUCGCUCCUGGCGUCUCUCACAUUGAACCUGGAGGCCUCUCGUUCCGCGAUGUGCUCAACAUCCUCCAGAAUCUGCAAGGUGAUGUCGUUGCCGCAGAUGUGGUGGAGUUCAACCCACAACGUGACACGGUGGAUGGUAUGACAGCCAUGGUCGCCGCAAAGCUGGUUCGGGAGCUCACUGCCAAGAUCUCCAAGUGAGCAGAGGGAGUCAAGCAGCAAUAGAAUUUUCAGGCUCGUUGGUUGUUCAUCUUGGUUCCUAAUAUAUCAUCUGGGCCACAUUGUAUAUCUGACUAACCUCUUUGAAUAAUAAGAUCUUGUUGCAAAAGUUUCAGAACUUGCCUUCAUUUGGCUUUAUGCUC